CUCGUAGUUCUUCUUCUCCUCCUCUUCCUCACCAUCACCACCAUCAUCUUCCUCCUCCUGCUCCUCCUGCUCCUGCUCCUGCCGCUGCUGCUUCUCCCUCCAUUACCUUGGAGCAGACCAUCUUGGUGCCUGUUUUGUGAAGCGGCGGCUGAGGAGACCCCUAGACGUGCCAUGGCUGAUGAGAAGCCGAAGGAAGGAGUGAAGACUGAAAACAACGACCACAUUAAUCUGAAGGUGGCAGGGCAAGAUGGUUCGGUGGUGCAAUUUAAGAUUAAGAGGCACACACCACUUAGUAAACUAAUGAAAGCCUAUUGUGAACGCCAGGGUUUGUCAAUGAGGCAGAUCAGGUUCCGAUUUGAUGGGCAACCAAUCAACGAAACCGAUACACCUGCGCAGCUGGAAAUGGAGGAUGAAGAUACAAUUGAUGUGUUCCAGCAGCAGACAGGAGGCACCUACUAAAAAGAGAAUCUACAACUCAACUCCAGAACUGUGCUCCCAAGGAAAACAAUACAUUCACAAUUAGAAAACCAAGAUUUGGUUCAUCCACAUCCUGACUACUGCAGUAUAGUUUUCUCUCUUCUUUGAUUCCCUUUCCCCGUUCCUUUAUUGUAUGUAAGGUAACUGGUGUAUGUGCACAGGCAUAAUGUGUAUUUUUUUUAACUAAAUGGUCGAUGGUAUGUUUUGGUCAACAUCAAAUGGAGAUGGGGAGGGGAAAGAACAUAGUGAUUCUGUGAAAAUAACCCUUUUCUCCAUUAGUGGCAUGCUCAUUCAACUUUUAUCUUUAUAUUCCGGCAAGUUAUUUUGCUCUCACUGUUUAACAGCAGAAAUAAACCUACAAAAAUCCUUGUAUACCUUGUUUGAUUGGAUAAUUACAAUGUUUUUCUUUUAUCAUUGUAAAACCAAGGACGAUUUGUAACUUUCUUGUGUGUAGCUGUUACAUGUAGGUCAAUCUCUGUCUCUUAGUAGGUAUAAAUUACUAUAAAGAAAUUGAUCCUAGUUAGUUUUCCCUUCAAGUCAAACAUCUUGUUGUUUAAAUAUACUUCUUGUUUAAAAUUUUAAAAAAUUAAAAAGGAAAAGGAAAGUAGCAUUAUGAUUUAAUAGAGUGACAGACUUGGAAGCUGUAGAAACAUGGGUUGAAACCUUACCCCUGAAAUUAGCUGUGUGACCAUGUGUAAAUGAUAUAAGCUCUCUGAGCCUCAGGUUUCUCACUUGUAAAAUACAGAUAAUAAGAGUUCCUGGGGGAGAGGGGAAGUGAGAAUGAAUUGAGGCCAUGCAUGCCUACCACAGACUGUGGAGCUACUCUCCCUUCCUCCACUCCCACUGGCAUGUUCCCAGAGGACAACAGCUCUAUCUCUGCUCUGGCUUUUAGAGGUAGACCUGAAAGGUUGAGGCAGCUUGUCAUAGUUUGUAAGCCCCAACGGUGGAACACCCUAAUGAUAUUCAGUUGAUAUCAUUUUCCACAUGGUUUAAUUGUGGGUAUUUACUACAGGAAUAGAGUAGGAACCAAAAAAAUUUCUUCCCAUCCCUCUCCCUGAAGUCACUGAGAUAGUCUCUAUUCAGCAUAUACAGGGUCCAGGGGAAAGUGGAUUCCAGCAAAAGAAGCACCUGUGGCAAAGGAGUAACUCACAACUGUUGGAUAUCCUUUUGCUGGAGUUCUAGGAUGUCCCCCUUAUUUGUGGUGUAGUGUUUCAAUUGGGCUCCUUGUUCAGCCUUGAAUCUGCCUUUUCUUUGGCUUCUGAUCCAGAAACUAAGGGCUGGCCUCCAGGCACAGAACCAGGAUAUUAAUGAAAGGUCCACAGAUCCUCAGUUCCCCUGAAAAUUUUCACAAGGUCUCUUUUAGAUUCUCACCUUCCCUGAUCUUGGCCAGACAGCUGCUGGUUUUACACAUGUAGUCCACAGGACAGAGCUAAAUCCCUCAAUCUAGGCUGACUUCCUGGCACAGGUGAUAUCAUGGCAGAGAUUUCCUGGCCUCCUUCACACCUGGGCACCCCUCUAUUCCAUUGACUUGUGAAAGGUAUCCCCAAUAAGUGAUUGUUUGUUUGACUCUCACUUUUACACACAAUUUACAAGCUUUAAAGUGGGAGCUUUUUAGAGAAUGCUUUUUGUAGAGCUUUAAAAUUUGCAAACAUUUUUCUCACAAGCCAUGUUGAAAGAUGGUGAUGCAAGUACCAUCAGUCCAUUUUACAGUUGAGAAGACCGAGGCUCUGAAAACAGUGAUGUACUCUACUCCCCCAAUUCAUUAGAGAUGAGUUCAUAUAGGUUGUACUUAAAAGGUGGGGAAGUAUACAGAUUUCUCCCAUAUCUCUCCUAUUCUGUGAUACCUCUCUAGGCCAGAUGGCAAGGUGAGGGCAUUGUGAAGUUUAAAGUUGUCCAGCCUACAAUGAAAGAAACUGAGGCAGAGCUCUAAGGCCAUGGCACUUUAUUAAAUGAUCCAUGGACCUCUCUAAUGAAGUAGACUUCAGGUCUCCCUCAUGAUCUGAGAUGCCCCUGGUCCCCAGCACCUUACUUUUAUAGUUUUGAUACCCAAAUACACAAAAGAGGCAUGGUAAAAUACAGAAUCUCAUUGGUUGGUAGACCUUGCCCUUGAGGGGCAAAAAUUAAGAUGGGAAAGUCAAGAAUCAUCCCCAGUGACCAAGUAGUUAUAAGAUGGUCACCUGCUCAUGUUAGGCAAGAGAGGAAUAUACAGAGGGAGAAAAAUCAGUUGAGGGACUUUAAAAGAGUCAAGGCAUCCCACCCAUGCUGGGUUUGAACAUGGAAUUUGAGCAAAACAGGAUGGAGAUAUGUUUGUCAGCAUUCUUGUGGUUGCUCAAGUGAUCUUCAUAACUGGUAAACAAGUAGUGAAGAUUACAUUAAAGUUUGAGGCCUACUAUGAGAAUCUAUCUCAUCUAAUUAUCCCCAUAUGAUUUAUAUAAACUAUCAAACUGACUAAUGUUGAUUUGAACAGAGUAAGGUGUCCUAAUGAAGUAUAUCUCACAUUCCCUCUUUCGAUCCACAGAAAGACUCCAGUCUUUCUCUGGAUCAUUACAAUUUAAAUUCAUAGGGGGCAGUCUAGAGGACUGGGUGAUGCAAAACCAAAGUGGGUAGUUAACUGUCGGGGAAAAGGGAGAUAAAUUAAUUGACACAUUGAAAGAAGCCAUUGGGGGGCAACCCCUUUGGGUUAUAUCUCUUUCUUAGUAAUCCAUUCCCUCCUAUCCAUUUAAUUAGUCAAUUGUAUCUUAAGGCUCAAUUGUCCCAUCUCAUACAGUUGUCUAGUCUCUGAAACAUAUUCUGGUCCUCUGGGGAUCUCUCCCAGAUAGUGACCUCUGAUACAUAAUGAAAUUCAUUUAAAAGUUGCUAAACAAUUUGGGAGAGCAAAGAAUAGUUUAUCUGUUAGAUUUAUGGAGAAGGGAAAAAUUUAUGAUUAAACAAGAGAUACAGAGUGUUAUGAAAUGCAAAAUGGAUAAUUUUGAUUAUGUUAAAUUGAAAUUUUUUUGUACAGAUAGCCAGUGCAACCAAGAUUAGGAGGGAAGCAGAAAACUGGGAAAGAAUUUUUACAACCAAUGUCUGAUAAAGGCCUCAUCUCUCAAAUAUAUGGGCAACUGAGUCAAAUUUAUAAGAAUACAAGUCAUUCCCCGAUUGAUAAAUGGUCAAAGGAUAUGAACAGGCAGUUUUCUGAGGAAAAAAUUAAAGAUAUCUAUCAGCAUAUGAAAAAAUGCUCGAAAUCACAACAAAUCAAAACAACUCUUAGGUACCACAUCUCUCCUGUCAGAUUGGCUAACAUGACAAAAUAGGAAACUCAUAAAUGCUGGAGAAGAUGGGUAGGAAAAUAAGAACACUGCUACAUUGUUGAUGGAGUUGUAAACUGAUCCAGCCAUUCUGGAGAGCAAUUUGGAACUGUGCCCAAAGGGCUAUAAAAAGUGCAUACCCUUUGACCUAGAAAUAUUGUGGUGGCAAAGAAUUGGAAAUCAAGGGGUUGCCCAUCAAUUGGGGAAUGGCUAAACAAGUUGUUGUGUAUGAAUGUAAUGGAAUACUAUUGUGCUAUAAGAAAUGAGGAGCAGAUGGACUUCAUAAUAACCUGGAAAGACUCUCAUGAUCUGAUGCUGAGUGAGGUGAGCAGAACCAGAAGAAUAUUAUACACGAUUACAGACACACGGUACCUGUGAUGACUACCUUUGAUAGACUUGGCUCUUCUCAUCAAGACAAGGUUCAAAGACAGCUCCAAAAGACUCAUUAUGGAAAAAGCUAUCCACAUCCAGAGAAAGAGUUACGGAGUCUGAAUGCAGAUUGAGGCAAACUAUUUGCUCUCUUUUUUUUCUUCUUUUUUGGUAUUGUUUCUUCUUUGUCAUGGUUCAUCCCAUUGGUUAUAAUUCUUCUUGACUAUUGUGUAAAUAAGUUUAAUGUGAAGGUAUAUGUAGAACCUAUAUCGAAUUGCAUGCUGUCUUGGGUGGGGAGGGGGGAGGAGAGGGAGGGGGAGAUAAUUUGGAACUUAAAAACUUGUGGAACUGAGUGUUG